AUGACAUACACACAAGAAGAGAGGGAUGAGAAAAUUUCAAUCUACGAGAGGAAUGACAUAAAAUUUCAUGGAUACAAUGUGGAUUUAAAUGCAAGAAAACUACAAGGAAGAGUCACUGUAGCAGUUGAUAGUCAAUCUGCAGAUAUGGAAUUCCAAUCUGCGUUAUCUGCUGUUUAUAGCAUUUUCAUUUUCACGUCACUAUUCGGAAACUCGAUAAUCAUCCACAUCAUACGAACAGAUAACUCCAUGAAAACUACCACCAACUAUCUGAUUUUAAACCAGGCGUGCGGUGAUCUCUACCGAACGUUGAUUGAAUCAACGAAUAUUGCCUUUCGUUCGAUGGGAAAUCAGUGGUUUGGAGGAUUCUUGGGUUUGAUAACCUGCAAGUUGUUUUUGACGAGCUUGUUUCUUCCAACCAUCUUUUCGGUUUGGAUUCUUGCAGUUAUUGCUGUUGAUCGCUUUUAUGCCGUCACUCGACCUUUGCAAACAUCACCUUUGUCACGACAUUUAAAGAAGAUAGUCUUUACGCUAUGGGUGUGGUCGCUAGCUUCUUCCACAGAUGUCCUUAUCAAGGGAAGCAUGAAAAAGACUGAAGACCAUUUCAUUUGCCAUUUGGAACGCGUCUACGAACAGUGGAAACUAUUUUACUCUAUGACUGUAUCUCUAAAUUUGUUUCUGCCUCUUCUGAUAUCAGGAGUUCUCUAUGUGAUUGUUUGUUCUAAACUGUGGUCACGCAAGGUACCAGGAGAAGGAACCAAUCAGAAUCGAAGACAAGCCGAAGCUAUUAAAACUGCAAGGAAAGUCACACUGAUGAUGAUUACACUAGUGGUGCUGUAUUUGUUGUGUUUCGUUCCUUUUUAUAUCGGAAUCACUCUGAAAUUUUUUGGUUACGUGAACGUCAACUUAGAAAAGUUAACUUCUAGUCUUUUGUUGAUAGCAUUUGCAUAUAGUGGAAUCAAUCCCUAUGUUUACUUCAUCUAUAGUAGGAACUUUCGGAACGGAUUUAAAAAUAAUUAUAGAAAUUUCUGUAAGAAAUCACGGGUUGAUACUGCUGUUCAUGAUUUCAGAGGUAAAAAUAGGGACUUUAAGCAAACCACGACGGCACAACUACAGAGUUACGUGGGGAGAGAUAAAUCACAUAAAAACAAAUGGUCAGGAAACCUAUCAAAGACAAUAAGGCUUGAAGGCGCAGGAUCCCUGACGACAAAGAAUGGACAAAUAAUUAUUACAUAG